AUGGAGCGUAAAAUAAACAGAAGAGAAAAAGAAAAGGAGUAUGAAGGGAAACACAACAGCCUGGAAGAUGCUGACCAAGGAAAGAACUGCAAAUCCACACUGAUGACUCUCAACGUUGGUGGAUAUUUAUACAUUACUCAAAAGCAAACACUGACCAAGUACCCAGACACUUUCCUUGAAGGUAUAGUAAAUGGAAAAAUUCUCUGCCCGUUUGAUGCCGAUGGUCAUUAUUUCAUAGACAGGGAUGGGCUCCUCUUCAGGCAUGUCCUAAACUUCCUACGAAAUGGAGAACUUCUACUGCCUGAAGGGUUUCGAGAAAAUCAACUUCUUGCACAAGAAGCAGAAUUCUUUCAGCUCAAGGGACUGGCGGAGGAAGUGAAAUCCAGGUGGGAAAAAGAACAGCUAACACCCAGAGAGACUACUUUCUUGGAAAUAACAGAUAACCACGAUCGCUCACAAGGACUGAGAAUCUUCUGCAAUGCUCCUGAUUUCAUAUCAAAAAUAAAAUCUCGCAUUGUCCUGGUGUCCAAAAGCAGGCUGGAUGGAUUUCCAGAGGAGUUUUCAAUAUCAUCAAAUAUCAUUCAAUUUAAAUACUUCAUAAAAUCUGAAAAUGGCACUCGACUUGUACUAAAGGAAGACAACACCUUUGUCUGUACCUUGGAAACUCUUAAGUUUGAGGCUAUAAUGAUGGCCUUAAAGUGUGGUUUUAGACUGUUGACCAGCCUGGAUUGUUCCAAAGGGUCAAUUGUUCACAGCGAUGCACUUCAUUUUAUCAAGUAAUGACCUGUGUCACGAACAAAGGCAACAAGCAUGCAGCCAGCAAGCUUCGGAAAACCACAGCAUCAAAGGCAUCCCAAAUAACGUGCCCA